GGCUAAUUGGAGUUUUACAGUGAUACGAAGGUCAGUAGGGCGAAUUGAAUAGAGCUUGUGCUAUACAGAAGCUGCGUCUUGAAUACAGUUUGUCAGCCAUGGCAAGGAGUUCAAUCUCUGGAAGAGCUGUCGAUGACGAGGAAAAUGACUUCGUCACUGAGCCGCCGCCGGAUCUGAACACUAGGAUGUUGGUGAGGUUGAGGAAUGGAAGUGUGUACGUAAGAGUUUGUGCAGAGGAACUACUAGUAGGGAUUACAGGACUUAAAGUUAAUCUUUAUUGUAACUUAGGUGCUGGAAUGAAUUGUGUUAAAGAGGUGUUAAAUAAAACUGAGAAGGCAAUGUUUAGAAAGACAGCUUUUGGUCAUUUUUCUAAACAUGGGUGAGAUUAAGUGGGUUAAUGGACAGUUGUUAAUCCUUUUAGUUCUUAAUUAUAUAGAAACAGUAAAAAGGGAAGAUGUCGGAAAUAGUAUUGCGUUCCAAAUUGGGGAUAGAGUGUUGAAAAUGUAUAAGAGCGAUUUUGCGUUUAUAACUGGGCUAAGGUUUGGUGUUGAGGAUGAGGGAGAUGUUUCAAAAUAUUUUGAGGGUAAUGAACUAAGCAAGAAAUACUUUAAGGGCAGCAUGAUAUUAACCCGGGAUGAGGUGGAGUCGGCUUUUAUGAAAAUUGGAAGCUCAAAAAAAAAGGGAUGUGGAGGAUGUGGUUAAGUUAGGGCUGCUUCAUGUUUUAGGAAAGCAUAUGGCAGGAAACCAGGGGGGUUCCAAACUGCCUCCCCUGUACGUUUAUCUGGUGAAUGACCUGGCAUGGUUCAAUGAGUUUUCUUGGGGCGAGCAUUUAUGGAAUGACUUGGUGGAAAGUGUGUCUAAGAGUUCUGUCAUCUUGAAAACUAGUGAAAUAAACAGAUUCACCUUUCCCGGAUUUUUGUUUCCCUUACAAAUCUGGGCAUUUGAGACCUUCAUGAAUUUAGAGGGGAGUGGAUUGUGCACACGAAAGAAUGGUAGCGACAAGAUUUGGCCAAGGGCACUUAGGUGGGAGACUGGUGCCCGAGCAAAACACCCGUCUUUAGAAGCUGCUAUUUUUGGAGGAGAAAAGGUGAAUUGGAAGCGUAUGAUUCCGGAGGAGACUGAAUUGAGGAGAUAUGACUUCACCAAUUUUUUCAAAGAUUUAAACCUGGAUGAAGCGGUUGAUGGUGAGGUUUGUGAUUCUGGUUUUGGGGCAGGGUGCAAUAAGAUGAAGGGGAGGUUGCAUUGGGGUGAUGAAAUGGCCGAUGGGAACGAGGUUGAGAACCGGAAGGAUAAAAGGUCAAAGUUAAAGCUGCCAAAGAAGGGUGCAAGAGGGAGGUGCAAUGAAAACCAGAGAAAAGUGGAAGUUGUUCAGAAAAUGAAGAAGACGAAUGUUGAUGAUGUCGGGAAAAAGAAAGCAACUGAUGGAGUGGAGGAGAUGCUAAGAGAGGUGCUUAAAGGAAUAUGCUCGAUGGAGGAGAGUAAUAAAAUUCUAAGUAAGAAGAUUGAUGCUUUAAGUAAUGACUUUAAAGAGCACCAGAGAACUGUGGAAGCGUGCUUGGCAACGGCUGGCUUACUUUCGGAGGAGAGAGGGAGAAAGGAACAAAAAGAAAGAGAUGGGUAAAUUCCGAGUUUUAAUUUAGGUUUGGAUUCUGAUAAUGACAAUGAAGUUGGAGGAUAUGGUGCUGAUUGUGAAGUGAAAGAAGGAAUGGCAGGAGAGUGUGGUAUGAUGGCAGAGUCGGAUGAUGAAGAUUAUAACCCUCACAUAUAGCUGAACACUAUGAAUAAUUGGAGGAAAGUUGUCAUACAAAUGAAAAAAAGGGGGGGAUAAGGAAAUGGGUAAGGAAUGUGAUGAGUCUGAUAGAGCAGGAGACCAGUUUGUUCUUCAUAUGGAACCGGGAAAUGAAAAUGAUACUGUGACCGAAUCUGUUAAUCGGACACCUGAGGCGGUUUCUUGUGCCCCACUGGAAAAAGUUGUGGAGGUUGGUGAGAUUAAGGACCCAUUUGAGACCCCCACACAGAUGUGUGAGGCUUUGAUGAAGGAGCCGGAGGAAAACUUGUUUUAUCCCUUAGAUUUCAAUAUUUUCAGUGAUGAGCCUCCCAGAUCAAGAGUGGUUGAACCUUCAAAAGAGUUGCAGGAGUUGAUUAAAGCAGUUGAGGAGGAGGUGAAAGAUUCGGAUGAUGAAGAUGAUGUGAACAAAGUGGGUAGUGAGGAGGAGAAGUGUACCCAAAUAGUGGUUUACGCCCCAUUGAACGAUGGGGAUGAGAAUAUGGACCCGGUGGAUGGAAAACAUAGACCAAGGAGAGAGAUGAAAGCUCCAAGGAGAUUCACUUCCGGAGAAGAUGCACUUGGGAGGAACAAUAAACACCCGAAGACAAACACGUAUCGACAUAGGGGGGAAAUGAUGGACGAAGAGAUGUUCAAGGGACCAUUCAGUGAGGAUCCUGAUGCAAUGCCACUAAAGGAAGCUGUUAAAUCAUUGGAGGAUGUCUUAUUUGACGGGCUGUUGAAGAAUCAUGUAAGAGAGCGGGGUCGGAAGUAUUUGGCUGGGAGAGAUGAGAUGGAUCCUAGCGAGUUUAAGCCACUAUAUGGUUUGGAGGAGACGAUGAGAAAAAGUUGGUAUUACAAGCUUUUUUUUCAUGGGCAUGGCUAGAUGACGAGCAUAUGCAAGUGAUAUUCUACUACUUGAGGAUGAAGGGGAUCGAGUAUGGGUUUCAACAGAAAUAUACGACAACGGACCCGUCCUUCUUAACACUGUUCAACACGUUGUAUCAGAGGUACCUUAAGCAGGACUUAACAAUUAAAGACGCUGCGAGGAAUGGCAACAUUAUGGCUAUCAUAGCUAGGGGAAGAUGGAGUUUGGACGUAAAUGGGCAGAAACCGACUAUGUAUACAUGCCGUUAGGAACAUCCGGGCAUUGGACACUUUUGGUCCUUAGUAUUAGAGAGAGAGAGAGUGAUAAGAGUUUAUGACUCCAACGUUUGGAGGAGUCAAUCUUUGAAAAAUAUCCAGACCCACCUUCCGUGCCUUCAAACUUUCCUACCAAAGAUAAUGGACCGACUUGGAGUUUAUGGCGAUAAGUUAGAUCAAGAACUGGGCAAAACAGCGUUGCGUGUGGAGGGGGUUCCAAACUGUCCUCAACAAGUGGAUGGGUCAAGUUGUGGAAUAUUUGUAGUGAAAGUUGCAGAAUACCUCAUGAUGGGCAAGGAUGUGGGGGGCAUUGAUGCUGUUAAAAUCAAUGAUUACCGGAGGAAAAUGACGGUGGAACUCAUGAAAUACGCAUCGUUGGCGGGCGUGAAGAAAUGAAAUCUUAUGUGUUGUUUUUCUGUUACUGGACGGGGGUAAUUUGUAUUGUUUUAUUGAGGAUUAUUCUACCCUUUUUUUAAUGUUGGAUGUCAUGCUUUAUAAAUGGUUGGGUUUUUGUUUCUGUUGCAUCUUUGACUCAAUUUCUGAUAUGAGUAGAUGUGUCUGUUA